AUGCUGCGCCUCCGUAGCUGCAUCCUCGCUCGUAUCCUCUCGUACCCCUCCGCCUCGCCCGCCGCCUCCAUCCACCGACUGCUCUCCGCGGCCGCGGCCGCGCCCGCCGUUUCCCCAGAAGACCCUAGUAGCUUCGCCGUGGAGGAGUACCUCGUCUCCACCUGCGGCCUCACCCGCCCGCAGGCCGUCAAGGCCAUCCCCAAGCUCUCCCACCUCAAGUCCCCCGCUAAUCCCGACGCCGUCCGCUCCUUCCUCGCUGGCCUCGGCCUCUCCGGCGCCGAUGUCGCCGCCGUCGUCGCAAAGGACCCGCAGUUACUCUGCGCCAGCGUGGAGAAGAUCCUGGCCCGUAACGUCGACGAGCUAACCGGCCUCGGCCUCUCGCGUAACGACAUCAAGCGGCUCAUCUCGCUCACGUCCGGCGGCGGCCAUUUCCGCUGCAGAGCCAUCGUCCCCAAGCUGCAGUACUACCUGCCCCUCUUCGGCUCCCCCGAGAACCUCCUCCGGGCUCUGAGCCGCAGUUUCUACCUCAUCGGCGUCGACAUCGAGAGGACGAUCAAGCCAAACGUCGCGCUCCUGCAGGAGUGCGGGCUAGGUGCUUGUGAUAUUGCCAAGCUGUGCCGCUACGCACCGAGGAUGCUCAACACCAGCCUGGAAAGCAUCCAGGCUAUGGUGGAGUGCGCCGAAGGCCUUGGUGUGCCCCGUGGCUCUGCAAUGUUCAAGCACGUGCUGGAUGCCGUCUCGUUCCUAAGUGAGGAGAAGAUCGCCACCAAAGUGGACUACCUCAAGAAGACGUUCAGGUGGUCAGAUGCUGAGGUGGGCAUUGCUUUGUCUAGGGCUCCAUCGCUGCUGAGGCGUUCUAAGGAUGCACUGCAGAGCAAAUCAGAGUUCCUUAUCUCUGAGGUCGGGUUGGAACCGGAGUACAUUGCUCAACGACCAGCAAUGCUCAAUUAUAGCUUGGAUGGCCGGCUCAGGCCCCGGUACUAUGUUGUAAAGUUUCUUAAGGCAAAUGGAUUGCUAGCUCGCGAGCGGGACUACUAUUCAGUUUUCAGUCAUGUCGAGAAGGUAUUUGUUCAGAGGUACAUAUGCCCUUACAAGGAGGCUGCGCCACACCUCGCUGAAGACUAUGAUGCUGCACACAGCGGGGAAGUGCCAGCUAAUUUCAAAUUCACAUGA